AGCUUACUGUUCAGCUGGUUGCUAGGCAGCAGCUGACAAAAGACAGACACAGGCUCAGUGCUAGCUCCCCCACAGGGAACAGCUGCAGGAGGGGGGAUAAAAAGACACCUUGAGUAUGGCAACUACUCAGAUGCAUAGGAACACGAACACUGUGAUCCUACCCAAUCGUGUAACAACAGAGACCCAGUCCCUGGUUCUUGUGAAGAGGCUGCUUGCUGUCUCGGUCUCUUGUAUCACUUACCUAAGGGGCCUGUUUCCUGAAUAUGCCUAUGGAACAAGAUAUCUAGAAGACAUCUGUGUAAAGAUCCUCAGGGAGGACAAGAGCUGCCCUGGUUCAACCCAGCUAGUAAAGUGGAUGUUAGGGUGUUAUGAUGCAUUACAGAAAAAAUAUCUUAGAAUGGUUAUGUUAGCUAUUUAUACAGAUCCAGAAGAUCCACAGACUGUUACAGAAUGCUACCAGUUUAAAUUUAAAUACACUGCUUUUGGACCCACCAUGGAUUUUGUCAGCAAUAAUGGCAGCUCUACCUCCAUAUGUUCUGAUGUCAAGAGAACCAGCGUUAUGCUCAUCCGCAAGCUGUAUGUUCUUAUGCAAAAUCUGGGCCCUCUGCCCAAUGAUGUCUAUCUCACAAUGAAGCUGUUUUAUUAUGAUGAAGUUACUCCUGCAGACUACCAGCCUCCUGGUUUCAAGGAAGGGAACUGCGAGGGGUUGAUGUUUGAGGGGGAACCUAUGUACCUGAAUGUGGGUGAAGUGGCAACUCCUUUUCAUGUCUUGAAAGUAAAGGUCACCACAGAAAAAGAAAGGAUGGAAAGCAUUGAAAAGUCAAUACUCAAGAAACCUGCAAGCAAAGCACCACCUCAGACAGAUAUGUCCAAAGAAGAGCCUGAAGGUCAAAUAAAUGAUGAGACAGCUCAAGAUAAUGAAGCCAAUCAGGACAGAGAUGACAUGGAGACCCUGAAAGUUGAAGCUCUAAAUUUGACCUGUCAAGAGGAUGGAAACCUCCAGUCUGAUGACAGCCAGAAGUCAGCACUUGCAAACUCCCAGAAGGAAGAAUUAUCACAGGUGACUCCUGUACCCUAUGGACGUAAAACAAGGUCUGGCAGGAUCUUUCCAAAGCCUGACUUCGAAAUAAGAGCUCAGAAAGCAUCAGCCAGGACUUCCAAAGAGAGUCAGCAAGCACGAAAGUCAGCAGAGAAGAAGAGCCAGCCAUUUGAAAUCACUGGAAGUCAAGAAGACCGCGCUGUUGCAAAGAGAAGAAAGUUUAGCGAGCCAAAGACCCCUUUUAAAUAACUCUGUUUGUUCUAUGAACUUUGUUCUCUACAUCGUAGUUUUGCUCAAAACGUUAAUUCAGGUUUUGGUUACACUGCCUAGUUUCAAGUUCUCUGCAAAGCUAUGCAGAUAAUCCCAUGUUAACCCAAAAACUAAUUCCUAAAGGACAAAUUACCUGAAUGAAAAAAGCACCACAUACAGCUUAUAUCACAUUGAGCCCUUUCACUGCCACGGCAUCAUUCUGGACAGAAUUGUUAAAUGACCCUGACAUAUGCUGCUAUGCUAUUCCCAAUACCCAAUAUCCUAGAAAUGGCACUAUUGGGUGAAUCGGGGACAGUGUUUGAGUGCGUUCAGGACAGGGUUGGACAGGCCAGGUAUGCAUAUAGUGCCCCACUACUCCAUAUAGCAACCCUGGGAGUUGAACUUGAGAUUUGGGCUGCUUCAGCUGCAAAAAUAUUGCAGUUUGGUAAUAGAAUUACUGUCACCAGGAUAUCGGUUCCUGGGAAUGGGACAGCAGCAAGUUUACAUAUUUGUCAAUUUUUUAAUAGUCGAAUGUACACCAGAGUCCAAAGAUAGUUGAUUUAAUUUACUUUUUAUAUGUUAUAUUAAAUAGCAUUACAAAAAGGUUUCCAGAAUGAACUAAUUGCAAUUGAUCUUAGAAUGCAAUAUGAAUUACAUGCUGUCUAUAUUAAGAGGUCUUGUCCUUUAGUACAUUGCUAUGAUUAUUAUAUAUAAUUAUAUAAACUAGAGCAAGUUGCCUUUUUACAGUUACUAUGCUGUGAGUACCCACACUGAACAUCUGAGUAGCCACCUGAAUGAGCCCAAAACAUGGGUAUUUUUUUCCUGUAAUGUCUUGACAUAGUUAAGGUAGGAUACAGUACCCACAGUAAGUUCAUGAUAAAAGCAAUAUAUAUUUGUAUUGGGGUUAUCGAAACGGGCAACAGCAGUCAAUGAACAACCCCAGAUGGUAAAAUGUGUAUUAACAUAGUUUUGGUGGGAUAAUUUAAUCCACAGCAGAUCCUACAUGUGCAUAAAAAGAGACUAGUGGUUAUACAGAACAACAGUCUCCAUUGGCAACAUGAUAAACACCUAAUAUAGUAGCCAAUAUGACUCACCGGGGCCAUGACGAGUAUUUUCAAAGGAAUAAAUAUAGAAGUGCACUAUAUUACAGCUAUAAAAUGUUUUGCCUUAUACGUAGUAUUAGCCAGUUAUAGAAUUAUUUAAACUGUGUUGAUUCCCUGUAUUGCAGUUACAAAUUCUGGUCAACAAUUCUAUUCCAUAUUAAAAGCAUUUCUUGAUUAAAA